GCAAAACUUGCAUCGUGGCAUUGCAGUGGGCCCCACGUUGGUUUCUGGAUGUUUUGGUGUGCUUUGGCAUUGCCAUUUGGCAUCCUCGGUUUGGGUCUUGAACGGAGUCUUGAACGGUUUGGCAGUGCGGGAAGCAGAAGGAUCCAGACCAAGCAUUGUCUAUGAAUUUUAUGGACCUGCCGGGCAAAAGCUCCUAAAGAAGCGACCAAAGAAGAUGAGGCAGAUCCAGCAAGAUAUUUAG